AUGGCACUCUUUGUGUGUGAAUCUGAGGAUGAGCUGAAAGAUUCUGUCCAGGAAGAGGAAUAUAUUUGUCUGCCAACUCACGAAAGCGCAGAACAAGAGGAUGAAGAAGAAGAAGAAGAUCAUGAAGAGGGAGAAGAAGAACUUGUCUUUUUCUCCGAUCCUGGACUGUACAAACAGGAGGAAAGAGAAGAAAUGGAUGAAGAGCAGCAGGUUAUAUGUGAAGUGUUGUGUGCUGACAGAGUGGGCCAGAUGACAAAGACCUACAACGACAUUGAUGCCGUCACUCGACUGCUGGAAGAGAAAGAACGUGACUUGGAGUUAGCGGCACGCAUCGGACAGUCACUGCUGAAGAAAAACAAAGUUCUCAGCGACAGGAAUGAGUAUCUGGAGGAGCAAGUGGAGCACAUACGAGAGGAGGUAUCCCAGCUGCGCCAUGACCUGUCCAUGAAGGACGAGCUGUUGCAGUUCUACACCCAUGCAGCCGAGGAAAGCGAGGGGGAGUCCAGCAGCUCCACGCCCGUGCGUCCCAGUGAAGCCAACGUGUCAGCUCCAGCUGUUUUCCCCCUGGACUCCUUACAGAAGAAACUUCAGGAUUUGGAAGAUGAAAACAAAUCACUACGCUCUGCGGCAAAUCGCUUGGAGACAGAAACUAUCUGCUAUGAGGAAAAAGAGCAGCAGCUGGUCAACGACUGUGUCAAAGAAUUGCGUGAUGCCAACCUGCAGGUUUCCUCUCUGGCUGAAGAGCUUGCCAGAAAGACGGAGGACGCCUCCAGGCAGCAGGAGGAGAUCACGCACCUCCUCUCCCAGAUAGUGGACUUGCAGAAAAAGGCCAAAGUUUAUGCGGUGGAGAAUGAGGAGCUGACGCAGCACCUGGGAGCUGCCAAAGAUGCCCAGCGCCAGCUCACUGCUGAGCUGUGCGAGCUGCAGGACAAGUAUGCAGAGUGUAUGGAAAUGCUGCACGAAGCUCAGGAGGAGCUGAAGAACUUGAGGAAUAAAACUCUGCCGCUCAGCACCUCCAGGCGUUUCCACUCCCUGGGCCUGUUCCCCAUGGACUCUCUGGCCGCAGAGAUCGAGGGCACCAUGAGGAAGGAGCUUCAGAUGGAUGAUCCAGAUGUAGAGGAGCAGAGGCUCCACCCGAAGCGAGUGUUCCAGACGGUCAAAAAUCUCAACUUGAUGCGUCAGCAGCGCUCCUCCGCGGCCCCGUCCCCCCUCAACAUCCCGGGCUCCAACCAGACCUCCUGCUUCACCUCAGGGCGCUCCAGCAGGGUGGGCACGCCCCGCUCCAACUCCAUUUACGGCAGCGAGACAGGAAUCGGGAUCAUCCUGGACAACAGGACAGGCAGUAUCCUGGAGGAUCCCGACGAUGGGUCACAGGAUUCUAACAAGCGCCCCCCCGGUACACCGGGGACCCCGGGCAGCAGGGACCUGGAGGCAGCCCUGCGCCGCCUGUCCCUCCGCCGUGACAACUACCUCUCAGAGAAGCGCUUCUUUGAGGAAGAGAGGGAGCGAAAACUGGCCUACCUCGCAAAAGAGGAUGAAAAAGAAGACGGGCAGGGGAGCGGAGGCCCAGGGACCCCGACGGAGAGCCUGUUGUCGCUGUGCUCGCAUCCCUCCCUCGGAAGUGCUUGGUCGGGUUAUUCAUUCACACCGAGGUCCUACCUGCCGGACAAGCUGCAGAUUGUAAAGCCGCUGGAAGGUGAUUAUCCUUUUCAGAGCCACAAGUCCACUGAUCAAGAAAAACAAACCCAUAACCUGAGUAACAGCAAAGAACCCCAUCUAAACCAGAAUGUUGGCGAGAUUUCCAUAAUCAUUCAAAGUAGUCCUCAGAGUUACACCCAAAUUUACCAAACCCAAAGCCCAGCCAAUCCGCACCAGAACCAGUAUUUACUUUUGCAAAGGCAGAAUCAGUCCAAAGUCUUUCUGAGCUCCUCGCUGGAUGUUGACAGGAUGCGGAGGAGCUCCAGUUUGUUGGAGGCUCAAAGCCUGUCGAGCUCUCCGAAUCCUCUCCGAGCGCCUCUGGCUGUGGUCGCAGGCCUUCUGCAGGUGCUGGAACAACAGGAAGGCAGCUCGGCUACCCUCCAUGCGUGGCAGCAGCUGGCUCAGCCCCACAUGGGCGCCCUGCUGGAUCACCGGCCCGGCGUGGUUACGAAGGGCUUCCGCUCGCUACUGCAGGAGCAGGAGCAGGAGCAGGAGCAGGAGGACGGAUGGCAGAUGGAUCAACCCGAAGAAGAUGAAUUGUCGUGUGACUCCUUCGUAUGCUUGUCGGAAGAGAGCGCCGCUCCAUUGGGUCCUCCUUGCUCUACCUCCACCCCUUCUGUCUGCCGCAACAGAGAGGGCGAUCGCAACAGCCAAUCAGAGGGACUGCACGAAGCACCCUCUGGAGCCAAAGAGGCAGCUCAAGGAAAAGACGGACAUUUAGCAAGCCUGCCCUCUCCCCUCUCCCGAUGUUCCCCUUCCCUUUGUCUCCCCUCUCCUUCUGAGAUGAACGGUCAUGUGGACCUCAAGGAGCUCCAAGCCCUGCAGGCCUCCACUAUGGACCACAUGCCUGUUAAUUUCCCAGGGAAGUGUAUGUCCAGUACUAGCUCCACAUACACCUUCACCACCUGCAGGAUCCUGCAUCCCUCUGACCAGCUGACGUCUGUGUCCCCCAGCCCGGCCAUGGCGGCCUGUCAGAGCAGCAGUAGUGUCGGCACCCCUGCCCACGUUCCCUCCCCUGUCCCCUUCUCGGCCCCGCCCACCCCCUCCUACACCCCCUGCUGCACGCCGCGCCGCCUCUCCCUCUCCCACUCUUUAGCCGAGUCCUCCACCAACCUGAGGGACUCCACCAAGACCACCAGCACCUCUCUUGGCCUGGUUCGGCUCCUCCAGGACCACGGGAUUUCCUCCUCAGUGUACAACCCGCGCAGCUGGGACCGAGCCUUGGGCUCCGGCGGAGCUUCGGAGGCCCCCGGGGGAGCUCAGGGCCAGAGGUGCACGGCCAGACCAGAGGAGCGAGAGGUCAGACAGUAUGCGAAAAGGCCGGACACACUCCUCCUCCUCCAGCCCUCCACUCCACCCAGCUCGCCUCACUCCAGGUCCGCCUCCCCCACCGAGAUGUGUCCCAUGUUUCAGUUCAGCCCCCCUAGCGAUAACCCCCCGUACUACGAUGCCUUCCUCGCCUCCAAACCGGCUCGCACCAUCCUAAGGGAGGUGCUCAGUGAUUUGGAAAAAGAGCAGGGUGGCCCGACUGACUCCGAGAGCCAAACGGAGAUGAGCAACCUCAGACUUGUGGACAAACUGAAACGUUUCCGCACACUCUCCCCUCUCUCCGCCUCGCUUUCCUCCGGGACUGCCCUGCUGGCCCCCUUUGGCUCGGCCGGACUGGGGAGCAGCGCCCUGGGUGGCGGUCUGCCGGGUCUGAACGCAGGGCUGAGGAGGAACCGCAGCUACCCCGCCAUGGUGGGGGCCAGCAUGGCCAUGAAAGAUCCGGGAGGUCCGGCCUGUGCACUCAUCCCACACCCAGGCCAAACCUCACAAACGGAACACACACACCACACCCGGGACAGAACACACCCACCGCUGACCGCUGAGGAGCGCCACACCUGCCCAGCGGGCGAUUUCCAGGAUUCCACAACACAACCGACACGGGCAGUGAGAGAGCGGCGCAGACAACACACACGCUCACACAUUCAGUAG